AUGAAUGCAUACCUCACCAAGCAACACAGCUGCAGCCGGGGGUCUGAUGGCAUGGAUACCGGCAGGAGUGCGCCCACACUGAUCAGGGAUGCCCACUGCGCUUGUGGCUGGCAGAGGAACCCUCAGGGUCUCGGGUACAGUUCUCAGACCCUGCCCUCUUCAGGAUCUGGGGGGCCAGCUUCCAACAGGACCAAGCUGGUCACCUUGUGGGACAGUGUGCGGAAAAGCCCCCACAAGACAAGCACCAAGAGCAAAGGGACUUGUGGGGAGCAUUGUGCCUGCCCACAUGGCUGGUUCAGCCCAGCACAGGCCAGCCCUGCUCCUAUAAUUGUCAACACAGACACUUUGGACACUAUUCCGUAUGUCAAUGGAACAGAAAUCGAAUAUGAAUUUGAAGAGAUUACAUUGGAGAGGGGGAAUUCUGGUCUGGGAUUCAGUAUUGCUGGAGGGACAGAUAAUCCCCACAUUGGAGAUGAUCCUGGCAUAUUCAUUACGAAGAUUAUACCAGGAGGUGCUGCAGCAGAAGAUGGCAGACUCAGGGUCAAUGAUUGUAUUUUGCGGGUGAAUGAGGUUGAUGUGUCAGAAGUUUCCCACAGUAAAGCAGUAGAAGCCCUCAAAGAAGCAGGAUCUAUCGUCCGGCUGUAUGUGCGUAGAAGACGACCUAUUUUGGAGACCGUUGUGGAAAUCAAGCUGUUCAAAGGCCCAAAAGGUUUAGGCUUCUCUAUUGCAGGAGGUGUGGGGAACCAACACAUUCCUGGAGACAAUAGCAUCUAUGUAACUAAAAUUAUAGAUGGAGGAGCUGCACAAAAAGACGGAAGGUUGCAAGUAGGAGACAGACUACUAAUGGUAAACAACUACAGUUUAGAAGAAGUAACACAUGAAGAGGCAGUAGCAAUAUUGAAGAAUACAUCAGAUGUAGUUUAUCUAAAAGUUGGCAAACCCACCACAAUUUAUAUGACUGAUCCUUACGGUCCACCUGAUAUUACUCACUCUUAUUCACCACCGAUGGAAAACCAUUUACUCUCUGGCAACAACGGCACUUUAGAAUACAAAACUUCCUUGCCGCCCAUCUCUCCAGGAAGGUACUCACCAAUUCCAAAGCACAUGCUUGUUGAAGAUGACUAUGCCAGGCCUCCGGAACCUGUUUACAGCACUGUGAACAAACUGUGUGAUAAGCCUGCUUCUCCCAGGCACUAUUCCCCUGUUGAGUGUGACAAAAGCUUCCUCCUCUCAGCUCCCUACCCCCACUACCACCUAGGCCUGCUCCCUGACUCUGAGAUGACCAGUCAUUCCCAACACAGCACCGCAACCCGUCAGCCUUCAGUGACUCUCCAACGGGCCAUCUCCCUGGAAGGAGAGCCCCGCAAGGUGGUCCUGCACAAAGGUUCCACUGGCUUAGGUUUCAACAUUGUGGGCGGGGAAGAUGGAGAAGGUAUUUUUGUUUCCUUCAUCCUGGCUGGUGGACCAGCAGACCUGAGUGGGGAGCUUCAGAGAGGGGAUCAGAUUCUGUCGGUGAAUGGCAUUGACCUUCGUGGAGCAUCCCAUGAACAGGCAGCUGCUGCACUGAAGGGAGCUGGGCAGACGGUGACGAUUAUAGCACAAUAUCAACCUGAAGAUUACGCUCGAUUUGAGGCCAAAAUCCAUGACCUGCGAGAACAGAUGAUGAACCACAGCAUGAGCUCCGGGUCCGGGUCCCUGCGAACCAACCAGAAACGCUCCCUCUAUGUCAGAGCCAUGUUUGACUAUGACAAGAGCAAAGACAGUGGGCUGCCAAGCCAAGGCCUGAGUUUUAAAUAUGGAGAUAUUCUUCAUGUUAUCAAUGCCUCUGACGAUGAGUGGUGGCAAGCCCGGAGAGUCACGCUGGAGGGAGACAGCGAGGAGAUGGGUGUCAUUCCCAGCAAGCGGAGGGUGGAAAGAAAGGAACGUGCCCGAUUGAAGACAGUGAAGUUUAAUGCAAAACCUGGAGUGAUUGAUUCAAAAGGGUCAUUCAAUGACAAGCGUAAAAAGAGCUUCAUCUUUUCACGAAAAUUCCCAUUCUACAAGAACAAGGAGCAGAGUGAGCAGGAAACCAGUGACCCUGAACAACAUGUUUCUUCUAAUGCCAGCGAUAGCGAAAGUAGCUACCGAGGACAAGAAGACUUCAUUCUUUCCUAUGAGCCUGUCACAAGGCAGGAAAUUACCUAUACUCGACCAGUGAUUAUCCUGGGCCCCAUGAAGGAUCGAAUCAAUGAUGAUUUGAUAUCUGAAUUCCCAGAUAAAUUUGGCUCCUGUGUGCCACAUACUACAAGGCCAAAGCGUGACUAUGAGGUGGAUGGCAGAGACUAUCACUUUGUCAUUUCCAGAGAACAAAUGGAGAAGGACAUUCAAGAGCACAAGUUUAUAGAAGCUGGCCAAUACAAUGACAAUUUAUAUGGAACCAGUGUGCAGUCUGUGAGAUUUGUAGCAGAAAGGGGCAAACACUGUAUACUUGACGUAUCAGGAAAUGCUAUCAAGCGGCUACAAGUUGCCCAGCUCUAUCCCAUCGCCAUCUUCAUUAAGCCCAAGUCUCUGGAACCUCUGAUGGAAAUGAAUAAGCGUCUAACAGAGGAGCAAGCCAAGAAAACUUAUGAUCGAGCAAUUAAGCUAGAACAAGAAUUUGGAGAAUAUUUUACAGCUAUUGUCCAAGGAGACACCUUAGAAGAUAUUUAUAACCAAUGCAAGCUUGUUAUUGAAGAGCAAUCUGGGCCUUUCAUCUGGAUUCCCUCCAAGGAAAAGUUAUAAAUUAGCUACUGCGCCUCUGACAACGACAGAAGAGCAUUUAGAAGAACAAAAUAUAUAUAAUAUACUACUUGGAGGCUUUUAUGUUUUGUUGCAUUUAUGUUUUUGCAGUCAAUGUGAAUUCUUAUGAAUGUACAACACAAACUGUGUGAAGCCAUGAAGGAAACGGAGGGGCCAAAGGGUGGGACAGAAAAGACAUUGCAGUAUGCAGGAAGGCCUUGGUUUGCUCAAAGUACCAGGUGUAGGGUUGAACCUCUGAUGGGCUUUCAGCCCACAACACAGGCAGCCUCCUCACCCCAGCAGAUGUCCAGAGCUGAUUUAGCUGCUGAGCUCUCUGGUUUGUUUUGGUUUGGGUUUUUUUUUUUUUUCUUUUGCUUUAAAGAAAAGUUGCCAGCACUCAAACUUUUCCAACCUUCCCAUUAUCCACAUCUGUAAUUGGUACACUUCAAGUUUUAUAACUAUGCACAUCCUUUGAUUUCUAAGCAAGCAAAAGAAAGAAAAAAGGAAAACAGAAAGGAGUCCCUUUGGAGACGGCAGACUAACAGGAAGGAUAAGCGUGUAGUUUCUUUGCCUGGCAUCUGCAAAGACGAGCAUUUCAUAAAAUUCACAAGUGUGUGGAGGACUGACCUCAGUGAGAGGAGGGAAUUCCACUUGGGAUUAGCUUUAUGAUUCUUGAUUGUCUAUUUUGCCA